AUGUUCAUUGGAUACUUCACUGAACGGCCGUACCAGGACCCAAAGUCCGGGUAUUUUGGGGCCACGGGUAAACCGAUUAUGGACCUGAACGUCAGCAACGAAAUUUACGAUUCCGAGUUGGGGGCAACGCUUUACAACCGAUACCUCGAUGAGAAGAUAUACGCCGAAGAAAUGGGUUUCGACGGCCUGAUGCUCAACGAGCACCACAGCACCCCCUUCUGUAUGGGCGGCGCAAUGAACGUGGAAGCCUCCAUCCUUGCCCGCAUCACCAAGCGGGCCAAGAUCGUUCUGCUGGGAAACAUCAUUCCCAUCUGGGACGACCCGCUUUGGCUGGUGGAACAGCUAUCCAUGAUCGACAUGAUCUCCCGCGGCCGGCUGGUAUCCGGCUGGGUGCGCGGCACCGGCAGGGAGAGCGUGGCCCACAACGUCGAACCCCAUUACAACUGGGAAAGGUUCAAGGAAGCCCACGAACUGAUCGUCAAGGCGUGGACUACUCCCGGUCCAUUCCGCUGGGAAGGCAAGCACUACCAGUUUCGCCACGUCAAUCCCUGGGUGAAACCCUACCAGAAGCCUCAUCCUCCCAUCUGGCUGCCCGGCGUGGUCAGUCGAGACUCCCUGAUGUGGGCGGCAGAGCAGCGGAUUCCCUACAUCAUGCUCGCCACCGAGAUGGAACCCACCAAGCAGGCCUUCCAGCUUUACCACGACACUGCUGCUGAGCUGGGCUAUGAGUCUGGCCCCCAGAACAUCGGUUACCUCUGGAAGGUCCACGUUGACGAAACCGAGGAGUUGGCCGAAGCAACCGCCCGCAAGUACGUGCAAGGCCCCAGCAACCCAUUCCUGGCCGGAAAUGAGGGUACCGUCAACCCGGCGUUGCUCAACCUCCCUGGCCUCACUUCCCGUCGCCGGGUGCUGCCAACCCAAUCCGUAGCCACCGCUGCCCGCGGCGGAAACGCCGGUCCUGGCGGAGCCUUGGGUCGCCCCUACGAGCAGCAGAUCGCAGACUAUACAAUCAUCUCGGGCACACCCGACAGCGUGAUCCCCAAGAUUCGCCACGUCCUGGAAACCAUCCGCCCCGGGAGCAUUUUCUUCUGGGACGGCGACGGCGCCAUGACCCACGACGACGCCAUGCGCAGCCUGCGGCUCAUGGGACAGGAAGUGCUCCCCGCCGUCCGAGAGAUUGCCAAGGAUCUGGAUCUGCCCGGCCCCUUCGAGGUCGACCCCGCCACCAGUCAACCCUACGUGGCAAAUCCACCCGUGCCAGUCCCGGCGGCAGACGACUAA